AUGGCUCCUCUCAAGAUCACGUCCCUGCGCUUCGAGCACCAUCCCACUGGACUGGGUGUAUCUUCCCCGACCCCUCGCAUCUCGUGGCGCGUUACGUCCGACUCCAUACCGAAGGACUGGCAGCAGAAGUCAUACAAAGUCAAGAUCUCGCGUGGUUCCGCGUCAGCCCGGGAGUUUCACAUUGAGGGCGGCUCAACCGUACUCGUUCCAUGGCCCGACACCCCUUUGGCAUCAGGUGAAAGGGCCACAGUUCUCGUCAGAUCCCACGGUACAUCAGAAGACGCUCAAUCAGACUCUGAAUGGUCCUCGGAGGCGACCGUGGAAGCCGCUCUGCUCUCCCGCGAUGACUGGAAAGCAACGCCCGUCACCGCGCCCCCGCGCUCAGCUUCUCACCCGGAUGAGCGAGGAAUCAGGCCGGCCCGGUUCCGCAAGGUCUUUGACUGCCCCGAUGUCAAGGACAGUAGCAAUGCCAGACUCUACAUCACCGCUCUUGGCUUAUACGAGGCCUACCUGAACGGCCACCGUAUCGGAGACGAAUGGCUCGCCCCGGGGUGGACUGCCUACCAACAUCGCAUCCAGUACCAGGUCUUUGAGGUCGCGCAUCUCCUGAAGGCUGGUCAAGAAAACGUCCUCUCGGUGGAGGUGAGCGAGGGAUGGUACGCCGGCCGAGUUCUCUGGGGCGAGGGUCUCACCUGCUUCUACGGCGAUCGCAUCGGCGUGCUUGCUCAGCUCCAACUCUUUGAGAGCGAGGAUGCGACUAAACCGACCUUGCAGCUCGUGACCGACGCAACAUGGGAAUGCCGUCCCUCACCAAUCGUCGGAAGCGACAUCUACGACGGCGAGACGUAUGACCUCUGCCUCGAAGUCGACGACUGGCAUCACGACAACCACAAGGAGUGGACUCACGUCGAGACACUGCCGUUCCCCAAGUCCGCCCUCGUAGCAGCAUCCAGCCCGCCAGUCCGCACCACCGAGACCUUGAAACCCGUCAACGUCUUCGCGGACCCCCAAGGCAAGACUCUAGUCGACUUUGGACAGAACCUCGUCGGCAAACUCGUCAUCCCAAGCCUCGCAAAGCCAGACAGCCAUCGUCUCACGAUCCGCCACGCCGAGGUCCUAGAAAACGGGUGCCUCGGAACGCGUCCCCUCCGCGCGGCAAAGGCGACUGACACCAUCAUAUUCGGAGGCGGCCGGGCCCUGAAGAACUGGUCCCCUCACUUCACCUACCACGGCUUUCGCUACGUCGAGCUCGACGGCUGGGGGGAAGUGACCCCGGACUCCCUCUCGGCCGUCGUCAUGCACACCGACAUGCAGCGAACGGGUUUCUUCUCCUGCUCCAACGACGACGUCAACGCGCUGCACCGCAACGUCGUUUGGAGCAUGCGCGGCAACUUUGUCUCCAUUCCGACCGACUGCCCACAGCGCGACGAGCGGCUGGGCUGGACGGGCGACAUCCAAAUCUUCAGCUCGACGGCCUCGUUCCUGUACGACUGCGCCGGCAUGCUGGGCAACUGGAUGCGCGAUGUCCUGCUGGACCAGCGGGACGCCGGCGGCGUCGUCCCGCUCGUGGUGCCCAACGUCAUGAGGGACGGGCCCUGGCCUUCGGUGCCGCAGGCCGUCUGGGACGACGUCGUGGUCCUCGUGCCUUGGACUCUGUACACGUGGUUCGGUGACGCGGGCGUCUUGCGAGAGACGUACCCCGGUAUGAGGGACUACCUCGAGUCCAUUCAGCGCGGAGACGACGGGCUAUGGGAUCCUUCGCUCUGGCAACUGGGCGACUGGCUCGACCCCAACGCGCCGCCCGCCGAGCCAGGUCUAGCCAGAACGGAUGGGACCCUCGUCGCCGACGCGUACCUGGUCCACGUCACGGGCAUAGUCUCCCAAAUCGCCAGCAUCCUGGGCCUCCCCUCUGACGCCGAGCACCUCGCCAGCGAACACAAGCGCCUCAAACAGCUCUUCCAGGACAAGUACAUCACAAAGGCCGGCUUCAUCGUCGCAGACUCCCAGACGGCCCUCGCCCUCGCCCUGCUCUUCCACUUACACGACACCCCCGCCCAGCGUGAAGCCGCCGCCGCGCGGCUCGCGCGGCUGGUGCAGUACUCCAAGUUCAAGGUAUCCACCGGCUUCGCCGGCACGCCCGUGAUCCUGCACGCGCUGUCGGAGACGGGCUAUAUCCAGCACGCGUACCGCAUGCUGCUGGAGACCGGGUGCCCGUCGUGGCUGUACCCCCUCCGCAUGGGCGCCACGACGGUGUGGGAGAGGUGGGACAGCAUGCUGGCGGACGGGACGAUCAACCCGGGCGAGAUGACGAGCUUCAACCACUACGCGCUCGGCAGCGUCGCGAACUGGAUGCAUGCCGGCAUCGGGGGCCUGGCGCCGCUCGAGGCCGGGUGGAAGCGGUUCCGGGUUCGGCCUAGACCGGGAGGGGAUCUCAGGCACGCUUCGGUGGAGUACCUUGGCCCGCACGGGAUGGUGCAGAGUCGGUGGGCGAUCGGGUCGGACGAUAGGUUUGUGUUGGAGGUGACGGUGCCGUUGAAUUCGACUGCGGUGGUCUCCUUGCCGGAUGGCGGGGAGGAGAAGACGAUUGGGUCUGGGACUUAUAGGUUUGAGAGCGGUCUUGCUCCGGGGAUGAGGGAGGCGUGGCCGCCCAGGGCUCUGUUGACGCAGUUUGGACUGUAG